UGCAGCACCUGAAUGCAUCAGGGUAGCCACGCCCCUCUCAGAGAGCCGAUCCCCGAUAACGGUUUCGUAAGACCCGAAGCUCUCCCGGGUCCACUCAGACUGCGCGGAUGUCAGAUUGGAGCAUUUAGAACAGGAGCAGAACCGGGUCUGCAGCGAGAAGAACUUCACCGAACUCCUGCAAGAGUGAAAGACAGAUGGGAGGGCAGGUCUCCAUACCAGAGGGGGUCCACGUGGUGGUGGUGGGCGGAGGAUUCGGCGGCAUUGCGGCGGCGCAGCAGCUGAAGUCUCACGGCGUUCCUUUCACCCUGAUCGACAUGAGGGAGGCGUUUCAUCACAACGUGGCCGGGCUCAGAGCGUCCGUGCAGCCGGGUUUUGCUCAGAGGACCUUCAUCCCGUUUGCCAAGACGUUUGGAUCCAGUUUCGUUCAGGGCCGCGUGGAGAAUGUGGACCCGGAGCGGCAGGUGGUGAUCCUGCAGGGUGGGAGGGAAAUAAAGUAUUCCCACCUCAUCCUGUGCACCGGCACCGACGGUCCGUUUCCUGGGAAGUGCCACUCCGAGUCGUCGCUGGAAGCCAGCGUGCAGAAAUACGAGGAUCUGCUCGGACAGAUCCAGGAGGCAGACUCGAUUCUAGUGGUUGGAGGCGGGUCGACCGGCGUGGAGAUGGCUGCUGAAAUCAAGACGGAGUAUCCGGACAAGAAGGUGGUUCUGAUCCACUCCAGAAUAGGACUGGCGGACCCAGAGUUGUUGUCUAGCGUCAGACAGCAGGCCAAAGAGGUUCUGCUGGAGAAGGGGGUGGAGCUGCUGCUGGGUCAGAAAGUAAACGAGCUGUCGGAGCUGCAGCUCAACAAGACCCAGAAGAACAUGCAGGUGAGCACAGACAAAGGUGAGACGCUGACCACCGACCUGAUCAUCUCCUGCACCGGACUCAGGAUCAACUCAGCCGCCUACAGCUCUGCUCUCAUGAGCAGCAUGACUGACAGUGGAGCUCUGAAGGUCAACCAGCACCUGCAGGUCCACGGAUUCUCCAACAUCUUUGCUGUCGGCGACUGCAGCGACACCAAGGAGCCCCAGACGGCGUACGCCGCGGGGCUCCACGCCGCUGUUGCCGUCACCAACAUCCUCAACAGUCUGAGGGGGGCGGAGCUUACAGAGUACCGCCCAGGUAACGUCAGCAUGCUGCUGGCGAUGGGCCACAACGAUGGCGUGGGUCAGUUCGUCGGCUACAGGCUGCCCCGCUUCCUCGUGGCUCUGGGGAAGAGCCGCGACCUGCUGCUGUGGAAGAGUUGGAAGGAGAUGCAACAGACCCAGCCCUAACCACCAGAACCUGUAGAACCUCCAUAGAACCUGCAGAACCCAAAUAUGACCUCCAGAACAUUGAUAGUACCAGCAGAACCCAGCUAAAACAUCAACAACCCAACCCUAACCUCCAGAAUCUAGCUACCACCUGGAGACUCUAGCUACAUCCUGGAGAACCCAGCUUCCACCUCGAGACCCAAGUUACAACCUACAGAACCCAGCUCUAACCCAACAAAAUACUUUUAUUCUGAAAAUGUAUGAAUCCUCUUUUAGUUCAUUUGAGAAUCAAUUCAAUAUUUAUCAACAUUUCAUUGUGAACCUCUAACAUUUGACAUGUAAUGUUUAGGUUUGUCCUCCAGUUGGCGCCAUUUUCUUACUUAUAUAAACGCAAAUUUCACAUUUUCUGUUUUCUGACCCCCCCCCCCCCAAAGUCAUUAAAAUGAUUUUCUAUAGAUGUCACGAAUAAAAAUAAUGAAAUUGU